AUGAUCACUACAGCCACAUAUUCAAGAAUUUCGUGUUUGAUCCAAGGAACAGCGUGGGAAAAUCUUCACAUUGUGGCAGGUACUUGGGCUGGUGAACUCAUCAUAUGUCGGCCAUGUUCACACGAGGAAGCAUUUUACGACCUUAAGCACACGUUGUUGUCCUGGAGAUUGUCUGGCACGGAUUUACAUUUGGAAUAUAAGCAGGUCCUGAGAGUAGGAUGUGUGAGAGCUAUUGUUGUAAACUGCAAGUCAGUGUGCAUAGCAUCUGACUACGGCAGCUUAGUUCGCGUAUAUAAGGAGGACCUACAAAACGAAGCCAUUUUAUCGUGGGAGCCUCUCAGUGCUGUAAAAGCUUUUACAAGAUUGAGCACUGGAGGUUUUCAGCUUUUGCAAUAUAAGACUAGAUCAAAUGCGCGAUUCAUGUCAAGAACAUCGAUAAAUUCUCAUAGGUCCGAGUUUGUCGCUGUAGUUGAGGACAAAAAGCUACGUAUCUUCAAGAACAAGCAAGAAGUCCGCUGUGAUACACUCAAAAGGAAACUUAUCGCUGUACACAUUCAAGGCCCGUUUGCUUUUUUAUAUCGCGAAGACGAUGUUGGCAAAAUUCUAAACCUUGAAUUACCAUCGUGUUUAUGUGUGCUCAAUUUUGGACCUGUAAUAAAGUCCAUGUCAUUACGCAGCAAGCUGAAAAUAACGUCUUUUGCUGUGGACUGUUUUGGAGAAAGAUUUUCCGUUGCUGUAGAGCCGAAUGGUAAGGUAGCAUUGCUUAGCGCGAGACAACUUUGCCCUUACUUGCCGGAUCUCGUCCCAGCUGCAAUGAGCAGUGACAACAGACUAAUUCUUGCGUUUAGUGGACGCCUAGUAACUGCUCAUAUGGAACUGAAGUACGAGAGUGUGCUUAUUGACGCACUACAUCGAGCAAAUAUCGUGGACGUGUCACUUAUGCACGAAGAUUCCAAUAGAGCAAUAAUAGCCACUGCAGCCGAAGAUCACUCUAUUGUGAUUUUUUCUCUGGACAGUGAAACAAAUGGACGAACAGACAAAAUAACUGUGUACAACGAAGCUAAGCCAACGUGCUUAUGCUCCCAUCCAUUCAUUCGUAGUGAAUGGUUACUUUAUGUUGGUGGCGAAAAAGGCAGUGUAGCUUCUUGGCUUGUAACAUCACGUGACCUUCGGGUUUCUGAUCCAAAAUAUAUCGUUUCUUCGGUAUAUCGUCGAGAUCGUUACAGUGCCCGAUGUGAAUGUGAGGUGCAUCCUAACCAUUACGUUGUCAUUGCUUACGCAGAUGGGAUACUGGAUAUUGUACAGUCGAGUUUGAUCGAAGAUCAGCCGGGUUUCGCGUUGCAAUUGCUGAAACGCAUCGAUAGCGCUACCGAGCUCUCCGUUCCCUCACAAGUGUUUUUGCGUAUUGGUUUAAAUGGACAGUUAGAAAUCAGUCUAGCUACCACCUCUGGAAGACAUGGAUUCCACUAUUUCGUUCCCAGGCAGUGGUACUUGCAUACUGGUGGAAGCGAUUGUAUAGAAGAGUGUGGGUUGUCUGCCAUUUUUGUGUAUCCUGUAGAAGAGAGCGGGGAAAAAAUUGUUGCAUUUGGCUCCGAAUCUGGAUGCAUCACGCUUGCUGUUUCCUCCUGGAGUAAGACGACAAUCACUGCCUCAGCAAAAUUUCAUUCAGGAACAGUUUCUGCUCUUCAAGGUAGUCGUGUUCAAGGUGUAUACUGCUUAGUCUCGGUCUCCCUGGACUGUCGCUUGGCAGUCUGGAGGAUAAGUGAUGAUGCAAAGGAGGCUGGUUCAACUUCGCUUCCCCAGCUGCAUGCUUAUGCUCUUCUUGAAUUUUAG